AUGUCAAAAAAAGAACAGUACUCUCAUUUACAAACACAACUUGAAGCGCAAAGUUCUUUGUGUCAUACUAUUGCAGCUCAUUAUUUAAAAUCUGGAAAUAAAAAACAAGCUGCUCUUUAUCUUCGAUAUAAAAAUUCUUUUAAAGCUGAUUUAAACUCGUUGGUUUCAUAUAGUAACCACGAUAAAGAUGUCCCUGCUUUCCAUUAUCAAGAAGUUAGUUAUGAGAUAGAAAACAUUUUCCCGGAAUUGGCUGCAAAUGAUAUGGAAAUUUGCAUUGAAAGAGCUUGGAAUUUAGGAAAUAAGGAAGUAAAUGGUAAUGAUGUUGUUGCUUAUGUCAAUUGGAAUGUCGCAUGGCCACCAGAAGGUAGUCCUGGAGCAGGAAGUGGGAAGGGUGAUACCUCUACUUCUGAUCGUGGAAUGAACCCAGAAUUUAACUUUAAAAAAAGAAUCGAUAUCGUUCGUUCAAGACCAUUUCAAAGAUAUUUGGAACGAAAAAAAGCAACAUUUGAAGUAUUUCAUUACAAAGGCUUCUUACGAAAAUCAAUUUCGCUUGGAAAAGCAACUAUUAAAUUGGAUACAUUACUUAAAAAAUCUGAAAUACAUGAUGUACUUGAGCUUGUGGAUCACGUUCGUAAACCUACAGGUGGAAAGCUUGAAAUACGUAUACGUCUCAGAACACCGUAUUCUCAAUCUGACAUUAUAACAAAAACUGAAAAAUGGCUCAUAAUUGAUGAGUUUAACAAAGAUUUCACAAGUUUAAUAUCUUCAUCUAUAUCUACUACAUCUUCAUCACCAGCAAAAUCUUCUUCCUCAUCAGCAGCAACAACAACAGUAGCAACAGUUAAUGCAACACCUGUCAACCCAACUUUUGGUGUUUCAUCACAAUCACAGUUGGAAACAAAAGAUUUAACGACAGCGACGACAGAAACAACAACAAGCAGUUCUACAGAAAGUCAACAACAAAAAAUUUUUAUUGAAUCAGAUUCAGUUACAUCCCCCCCAAAAAAACCAACGACGUCAUCAUCAUCACCGCCUCCUGCAUCUGUGGCGAGUUCUUCAAAAACAAAAGAACAAAAUAUCUCCCAAUCUCUCAUCACAAGUAAUACUGAAGCUAUUGUAUCAGAUACAGGAAAGGAUGAAUUAGAACAAGCAGAAGAACAACUUAACAGGCAAUUUUUUUAUUUCUUUCUAAUAAUUAAAACAAAAAAAAUUUUUUAUGAUACUAAAGGAACACAUUCGUUCUCUUUCUUUUACUAUUUUAGUGUUGAAAAUAUUGCAUCUAAUCUAGUUCUUCAAAAUGAGAUUGAACUUAUCACCAAUCAGAUAACUACAUUGGAAGCACAAAGGAAACCAAUACCAGAGGAUUUGUUAGAUAGGCAAAAUGAAUUAGAAAUCAAAAUGAAUUUAUUGUUAAUAUCUGUACAAACAAAUGAAUUAACCAUGGCUGAAUAUAUUGAAAGAGUAAAAGCAAGUAUUGUUAAUUGCAAGAAAUUAGCAUUGUUUUUUAAAAAAGCAGGUAAAUUGGAUGAAGCAAAGAAAGCAUUGAGGAGAAGUAAAAUUAUGGAGGAUGAAGUUAAAGAAGUGGAAGAAGCUAUUAAAAGUGGUGUCUUGGAGAUGUAA